GGGAGAGGGCAGCAUCGCCUUGCAGAAACACACUUGCAUGUGCGCUCAGAGGCUUUUGUUUAUUUAUUUGUUUUAAGAUUGCAUUUUAUAUUCUGAAUGAGACUGUGGAAACUCGUAGCUCCAGAAAAAGCGCUUGGAUAUGAGCAUGGGCGGCGUUUUCCUUCAGUGUGCGUCCGGAGGAAAGGAACAGAGAGAGACCAGGGGCUCCGUGCGGACUCAGGAAAUAAGUGGACUGCAUGCAUGAAUCCGUCCUCACCGCUCGGGAGUUAAUCAGCGAUCAAAGCAAGAGAUUUGUGUAAAUCCUCCACUAGCUUUCUGCAAAUGUCACCGGGAUGCACCCGCAGCUAAGAGAUCGAUGAGCCCAGGCAGCGACCCUCUCCCCCCGGGCUGGACACGGGCCAGCAGGUCGGGCCAGGCUCGGCUGCUGGAGGACCAAUGAAAGGGGACAGUUAGAGGAAACAGCCUGCGAUCAAACGCGAUGUGCGGACGAGUCCCGGAUCAAACCGACCCCACCACGACCACCGCUGGUUCCCUAACGCUGGCUGGGAUGAAGGGACGCGAGAUACGGGUUUAGGUCAGUGACUCCUAAAUGUCCCGCCUCCCCUCAGGUGAGACAGGGGUACAAAAACACUCUGACCUCCACCCGUGCCCACCGACAUGGAUAAACUCACCGUGAUAUCGGGAUGUCUGUUCCUGGCCGCAGACAUCUUCGCCAUCGCCAGCAUUGCCAACCCGGACUGGAUCAGCACCGGGGAUUCAGCUGGCUCUCUGACUGUGGGUCUGGUCCGGCAGUGCCAGACCAUCCACGGCCGGGACCGGUCCUGCAUCCCCCCGCAGCUGCCCCCAGAGUGGAUCACCACGCUCUUCUUCAUCAUCCUGGGCAUCAUCUCCCUCACUGUCACCUGCGGUCUGCUGGUGAUGUCACGCUGGCGCCGCGAGGCCGCCCGAUACGCCCGAUGGAUCGCCUUCACAGGGAUGGUCCUGUUCUGUACGGCCGCCCUCAUAUUCCCAAUCGGCUUCUACAUCAAUGAGGUUGGAGGGCAGCCGUAUAAGCUGCCCAACAACACGGUGGUGGGCUCCUCCUAUGUGCUCUUUGUUCUGUCCAUAUUCUUCACCAUAGUGGGACUGCUGUUUGCUGGGAAGGUGUGCCUGCCCGGCUGACAUACCCUCUUCCUCUUUUUGUACCUUUGGAGAAACACCACCUGCUGGAGGUGUCAUCGGAGUAGAACAAGGCUUGACUCAAAAUUGUCAUAAUGCUCGUAAAGGGAGUGGAAACCACUGAGCUCCACCCGUCCGCCUGUUUGUUCGGCCACUGAGCGGGUGCAGGAAGCUCUGAAGCGGCCCUCGCCAUUGUCCGUCCUGAACUAUGAGCGCGAAGUGAUGGACAGACAGCAGAUUACUACGAAACGUGACGGGAUUGGAUAAAUAAUAAUCAGGACUUUCAAUGAAGCCCUGCUGUAUCAUCCGUUAUCUUUAGAUUUAAUGACAGACAACCUGCCCUCCUCACCCCAUCACCCGACCUGAUUCUGGCCAAAGCGCCAAAUAAUGGCCAGUUACCUCUGACAUGAUGACGGUUCUUCCCUGACCACAUGGAACACUCUGUAAUAUAUACAAUAAAGUUUCACUUCCUUGGCACAUUUUAUUUAUUUGUUUUAAUUGUUUCACUUUUGUUUUUUGUAAAGGUAUUUUUAUUAAAAAGCCUAAUGUAUCCCAGAGUUUCCCUGCCAUUUCUAUAUUGUGGUGGAUCACUUUGCCUUAAUGAGCUUUUAACCUUAAUCUAUAAUACUGCUGAGUUUCAUGGGAUCAUUUCAAAAAUCCUGGAUACAUGAAAUGAUUUAGCAUAAAAUUGUUAGAACUGGAAUGUAAAAUGGGUUAUCAGCAACAUGUGUCCUAAAUUAUUGAUAUUAGUCAAACUUCAAAAGCCAGUCGAACUCUUCUCUGUAUCAUUAUGGGGGGAAUGAUAGAUACAGCUUCGAUAGAUUUAGUGAUGUAUUGAAUGUAUUAUUCACCUUUUGGAGCAUUUCCUGUUGUUUAAACACUGUAUGAAGAAAUGACUGAGUCUAUGACUAACUUCUUUUUAUACAUUUGGGACGUUGAUUUCUUGAAGCACUGUGAUGUUCAUGGAUGAGC